CCCAUCACUACUAUCACCCAACGGUCGACACGCCACGUGUCCUAAACUCAUUCACCUAUAUAUAGUAUCGAGUCUCUUCCUUUAAUCAAAAACUCGCUGUUUUGUUUUUUAUUAUCAUGGCCACUGAUAGAGAGAAUCUGCUCUCCGAUGAUUAUGAAGAAACGGCUGCGUUUUGUGGAUGUGGGUACUUUCGUAGUUUCAGUUUCACCCGGUGGCGGAGAGGAGACGACGAGUCUCGCAGUCGCGGUGGCUGGAGUGGUUGUUUGCAGGAAGAAAGAAGAGGGAAUUGGGGAAGUGAGAAACUUAAGGGGCUAAAAGAGAUUUCUGAGAAAAUCGCGGGACCAAAGUGGAAAAACUUUAUAAGAAGUUUUAGUAGUGGCAGGAAGAAGAUGAGGAGAGAUGUUGAUUUCACUUAUGAUCUGAAAAACUAUAGUCUUAAUUUCGAUGACGGCGGCGACGGCAAAGAUUCUUCACCGGAGAGGUUUGUAGCUCCGGUUGUCAUCAAAGUUUAAUUUUUUAUUUUUUACUUAAAUCUUUUUUUUUGUAUAAUUUUUUUUUAUCAUUAUUGGUCUUUUAUGUUAAUACAAACAUCCUACUAUAUUAUUUGGGAAGUACAUUUUAAAUGUAACCUUAAUUUUUGUAAGUAAUUACAUAGGUAUGCCAUUAGAAAUAAAAUUUUAAAGAAUAAAUUAAUUUA